AUGGUGGAAUGCCAUGGCACUGGGACGGCGCUCGGUGAUCCCAUCGAGGCAGGAGCCCUGGCGGCGGUGCUGGGGACCUCCAAAGCCGAGGAUCCGCUGUGGUUGGCUGCAGGGAAGACCAAUCUUGGGCACCUCGAGGCUGCUGCUGGGUUCGCCGGUGCUGCCAAGGUGAUUGCCUGCCUGAACAACGGCAAAGUUCCUGCUAACUUGCAUUUCGCCGAGCUCAACCCGCACAUCGAAUUGGUUGGCCUGGCUAUUCCCACACAAGCGACACAGCUCGCUGCAUCGCCGAACGAAAAGCUCUUAUCAGGCUUAUCUUCCUUCGGAUUUGGUGGGAGCAAUGCGCAUGUGUUGUUGGCCCAGCCCGAGGAUGCCUGUCGCAGGAAAGGUGCAUCGUCUGGGCGAGGCCACAGAGUACUCGUCUCAGCACCGAAGGUUGCAAUGCUCUUCACGGGUCAGAGCAGAUUGAGGCGGCCAAGCCAAGUCAAGCCUUGCCGGGCCUUGCCAAUUGCCGCAGUGAGUCCGCGGUGUUGCAGUGCCUGGAAGACGCUCUUCAUCGUCGUGUCAUCAUUGCCACCAGUUACACCACCCCCGCAAUGGUCAUGA